CUUUGCUGUCUUUGCUUGUUUUUGAGUUUGUCUCGUGCAUACUUCAUGUGUGACUGUUGCUUUCGUGGUGAUCAAAUAUUGCUGUAUUGUUAUCUUUAUAUUCGUCAAAAAUGUUUUCAAUUUUGAAACUUUCUAAAUCACUUAAAGAGUUUCUGUGUAUUUCCGAAAUAUGAACGUUAGUUAUGUUUAAAAAAGUGGACAGAUGAUUUUAAACCAUAUGCUUCGAAUUUUCAACACAUUCUCUUUAGUUGUAUUGAGACCACUAAAUUAUACGGUCUGGCACACUAAAUACCGAGAUUUUAAAUGCAAGGAAAAAGUAAACCGAACGACCUUCAGAUGAAUAAAAAUGUCAACAGAAGGAAGUGGAGAAACUCCUUCAGCUGUACCAAGUCUGCCAGGAGCACCCGAGCAAACUUACCUUUUUCCAAAAGCGAAAGGACAUUCACGAUCCAUCAGUCAUGGAGGGGUGCCAAUGUUGUCCGGGAACCCGACGAGCGUUCGGCCAGCUCUCAAGUCAGCUUUGCGAGGACAUCAACGCGCUCUGUCCCACGGUCAAAUUGGGGAAGGGCCACGCGCGGCUACUGGUUCAGGACAUAGUAGAACCGGGAGUCGUACAGAUUUCAUUUUACCACCGGGACAUCGGGAACCUGUGCCUGCAAGUGCUCAACCACGUUUGUCCUCAGUUCGUGGGCAUCACUCCCGUCAAGCAUCACGCUCUGAUUCAAUUUAUACCUUACGUCGAGCAUCAGUCGUAGCACCGUGGCGCCGCGCUGUUUUCUGGCUUAUGCGCCGUCAGCAACCCGCCGUCGACAAUCGACAUUUGAUAGUCAUCCCAAACCACCUUGUUCCCGACAAAACGCCCCCUAAAGACCAUCCAAAUGGACAGAGAUGCAAUAACAAAAUCAGGACUACUAAAUAUACAUUACUGUCUUUUAUCCCCAAAAAUCUAUUUGAACAGUUUCAUAGGAUUGCAAAUGUGUACUUUAUUUUUAUUGUGUUAUUAAACUGGGUGCCUGCUAUCAAUGCAUUUGGCAAGGAAGUAGCAAUGCUGCCAGUGUUGUUUGUGCUUGGUGUAACAGCUAUCAAGGAUCUCUUUGAGGAUCGUCGCAGACAUCUGUCCGAUAAGAGAAUAAAUAAUUCUUUUUGCAGAGUCUACAAAAAAUCAAUGGAAAGGUACGUCCGUGUGAAAUGGAGAGACGUACGUGUAGGGGAUCUAGUCCACCUCUCGAACAACGAGGCUGUACCAGCAGACAUGGUGUUGUUGCACUCUUCGAAUCCUCUUGGAAUUUGUUACUUGGACACUUGCAAUCUAGACGGCGAAACGAAUUUAAAACAACGAAUUGUUGCACCAGGAUUCAGAGACAAACAACUGGAAUUUAAUCCGAUAAAAUUCAGAAGUUCUGUUGAAGUGGAACGACCGUCUACGAAAAUAUACAGAUUUACUGGAACGAUUUCACAUCCCAACGGCUGUCGUGUGCCGCUUAAUUCAGAGAACCUCCUGUUGAGAGAGUGCACGAUCAAGAACACAGAUUACGUUGAAGGUAUCGUCGUCUAUGCGGGGCACGAAACAAAGGCAAUGCUCAACAACGGGGGACCGAGAUAUAAAUGUUCAAAGCUGGAAAAAAAAAUGAACACGGAUGUUAUAUGGUGUGUUCUCGUCCUACUAUUCCUGUGUUGUGCGGGAGCAGUUGGGUGUAAAGUGUGGUUGGAUCAAUAUAGUCCAUUUCUAUACAAAUACACGCCCUUUAUACCCUACGCAGAGAAACCAGCAUAUGAGGGUUUGCUUAUAUUCUGGACGUAUAUAAUUGUGCUGCAAGUCAUGAUACCAGUUUCUCUCUAUGUGACUAUCGAAAUGACCAAACUUUUGCAAGUGUACCACAUCCACCAGGACGUCGAAAUGUACGACUCGGUAACAAAUACACGAACGGAAUGUCGCGCGUUAAAUAUAACCGAGGAAUUGGGGCAGAUUAACUACCUGUUCAGUGAUAAGACGGGGACAUUAACUGAAAAUAAGAUGGUGUUCAGGCGAUGCACUGUGAGCGGAGUCGAUUACGAUCACCCGCCUGGACCAGAUGCGGAGCCCUCGACCACUCUACCGCCCAUUGUUACACCCGUAACAAAAGUGUCCCCGAACAGAAGAAUGCUUCAACAUCUACUCGAUAGCAACGAUGCUCAGCAUACCCAAAAGGUACGAGAGUUCUUACUAAUCUUGGCGGUGUGUAACACGGUUGUCGUGAGUCAACCUCACGUCGACGAUAUGCAGAUGUCCAGCUCCAGCAGUGAUCAGUUCAGAUCACAGAAAGCUUCGAAGUCCAACGGCACAUUACGAUCCAAUGAUAAGUACGCUAGAUUAACUGAAUCUCGGUCCACCACGCCGUCGCCGCCGCCGUCCACCACCUCGCCGUUGCGCCUUCGCUUGCCCAAACUACCGUUUGGCAGUCGAGAAGAAAGCAUCAGCGAACCGAGCACCUCGGCUGAGAUACAGUUGGCACGUUUCGAAGCCGAAAGUCCAGAUGAACUGGCUUUAGCCGAAGCGGCUUUGGCAUACGGAUACGAACUCCGGGGAAGAUCGCCAGAUGACGUGGAACUGGGAAUACGAGGGGAAUUAACUCAUCUUAAAGUGCUACGAGUGCAGCAGUUUGAUUCUAAUAGGAAGUGCAUGUCGGUUGCACUGAGGGUGCCCACUGGUCAGGUGGUUCUAUACGUAAAGGGAGCAGAUAGUACAGUUCUUGGAGCUCUAGCGCCAAUGCGAGCUGGAUCCGCAGAAGCGGCUGCUUUUGAAAGGACUAGGUCAUUGUUGUCUGAGUACUCCCGGGCGGGUCUACGUACACUGGUUAUGGCGAAACGUACCAUGCAGCCUGCGCUUUGGGAAGAAUGGCUCGCUGGUCAUGCACGUGCCUCUGAAAUCGGUGAAGGUAGAGAAAAACGACUGCGAGAUUCAUUGGCACGACUGGAGAGCGCCCUCACUCUCGUCGGAGCUACCGGCGUCGAAGAUCGCCUCCAGGAAGACGUGCCACGGACCGUACGAGCCUUGCUCGAUGCGGGAAUAGUCGUGUGGGUGCUGACCGGCGACAAACCCGAAACGGCCAUAAAUAUCGCCUACUCCGCGGCGCUGUUCUCGCAGAGCGAUCGUCUCCUACAUUUGAUGUCUCGGGACAAAGAGCACGCCGAGUCCACCAUCAAGAGCUACCUGGAGGGCGGCGCGGGCGGCGCGGGCGGCGCGGGGGGCGCGGGGGGCGCGGCGCUGGCGGGGCGCGCGCUGGUGGUGGACGGGCGCACGCUGACGUACAUCCUGGACCGGCGCUCGGGGCUGGUGGCGCCCUUCCUGUCGCUGGCGCGGCGCUGCUCGGCCGUGCUGUGCUGCCGCGCCACGCCGCUGCAGAAGGCCUACAUCGUCAAGGCAGUCAAAGAAGAACUGGGAGUUACGACUUUGGCUAUCGGCGACGGAGCGAACGACGUUUCUAUGAUACAAACAGCCGACGUUGGAGUCGGUCUGUCGGGUCAGGAGGGUCGUCAAGCAGUAAUGGCGUCAGACUUCGCGCUCUCCCGUUUUAAAUUCAUUGAGAGGCUGCUACUUGUACACGGACACUGGUGCUACGAUCGCCUGGCGAGGAUGAUUUUAUACUUUUUCCUCAAAAAUGCCACAUUCGUGUUCAUAGUAUUCUGGUAUCAGCUGUACUGCGGGUUUUCGUCGUCCGUGAUGAUAGAUCAACUGCACCUCAUGGCGUACAACCUCGCCUUCACCGCCUUCCCCCCCAUCGUUAUAGGCGCGUACGACCGCGCGGCGCCGGCGGCGCUGCUGGGCGAGCGCCCCGGGCUGUACGCGGCGUCGCGGCUCGGGCGCGCCUACCGCGCGCACUCGUACUGGCUCGUGCUGGCCGAGUCCGUCUACGUGUCCGUCGUCGUGUUCUUCGUGGCCGCCGCCGCCUACUGGGACACCGACGUCGACAUCUGGCUCUUCGGCCUCUGCAACAUGACGUGCUGCCUCGUCGUCAUGCUGGUCUACGUCGCCAUCGAGACGAGGAGCUGGACGGUGAUCCACCUGCUGGCGCUGUCGGGCUCGCUGGGCUCGUUCUUCGUGCUGACGCUCGUGUACCAGUCGGUGUGCGUGUCGUGCUUCAAGCUGCCUUCCACCUACCACGUGAUGCACCACGCCUUCGUGGACCCCAUCUACUGGCUCGUUGUGAUCCUCUCCACUGUCGCCGCUCUAGCGCCCAGACUGGCGUGGCACGCCGCGCGUAACUCCAUCCGGCCGGGCACGCUGCGCCGCGCCGUGCUCGCGCGGCGGCGGCGCGCCCGCCCCUACGCCGCACACUACCACACGCCCUCCGCCUCCGCGCACGUCUACAGGUCGACGGACGAGGACGGACUGCAGAAGACGCACUCAGACGUGGCGGCAAUAACGUGACGUCAGCACGCUCCACCCGCAUACGUUUAACCCUAGGCUGUGAUCUGUCGUUAGAACUAAUGUAUGAUAGUUAUUAUAGAGUAAUAUAUAAUAUCGCUUUUGUACGAUACCGCGGGACCAAUGCGUCAGUUGUCUGGACGUGAGUACGUCAGGACGCGACGGGCGAAUCGUGCCUUCCUUAUCUCACGCUAGUAUUGACAUUAGUAAGUGUUCAUGAGUAUCAGUUUGCUUACGAAGAUCGUAAUUCGAUAGAUCUGCCUGAUGCUUUUAAUUUUUGUAAUUCGAACUAUGUUACCCAUGUUCAUUAUGUGUUCAAGUUUUGUUUGUACUUAUUUUAUGCAUUAAGCUUAUAUUUAAUUUUUCGAUAUUAAAUUAACCUUGCCAGGCCCGAUUAUAAAUUGCGAUUUGCACUUUAUUGAAUACAGUUCACUUCGUUACUUAAAUUAUUAUUUUUUAGUUCCAAAAUAAAAGACUAACUGAUGCCAAUAAUUGAUAAAAAAAAUUAGAAUGAUCGAGUAAACUUGUAAAUGUGUAGCGGUUUCUAAAACCUCUUAUGUUUUUCGUGUUCAUAUUGAUGUGUGAUAAUGUAACCAUGAAUGUUGAGAAUUGUGUAUUUUUGUAUGAACUAGACAGACGUUGGCUUCCUUCGUGUCAUAGCUAGUAGUGUACUUGCCUUGUCGGAGACUGCACGUGUAUCCGUACAGGCAUCUCUGUCUAACCUCUUGGCGACGAGUAUUACGCUUAUCCAGGAACAGCGUGAUAACACGAGCCGAAUAUAUCAGAUGGUGAGAAAUAUACUUGGUGCAUUUAUAAUAGUUCCCGUGUAAUUCGAACAUUCCAUUUCUUCAAUUAAUUUCAAAGUAUAUAAGAUAAAGGGGGUAGUUAAAAUGAACAUCAAAUUUCGAUCACUUAUUUAAUGCAUAUUUUUUUUCUAUACAAAUUUUAUAUAACCUGAAUAUCUAUAAAGUGCCUUGUCCAGCGUACCCACCAGUGUAUUUCUUUCCAUAAAAAUCCGAUGAUUAUGUCUAGAUGUUUCCUAAAGAUUUGACUAUUUUUAAUACUGUUUCUAAUUGUACAUACAUUACAGACAAAUAUAUAUUUCUACAUAAAUAAUUGUUAAUGUACAGUAGGAUAUUUUUAUAUAAAUAAAUAUUUGUGUAAAUACCUUGUACGUUCUAAGACUGUUGUUUAUUUUAGAUCUUUUAAUUUGUUGAUUUAUUAAACGUAUUGUGUAUUGAUAGAAUAUGUAUUUUCCAGUCAUGUUAAGGUUCUGACUGUCAGAUAUAAUGACAAUGCCUGGAAGGUAGAUCUUGCCAUAAAAUUGAAACUUUAGAUCUUGUAUGGAUUCCUAUGUGAAGUAAUAAAGGUGUCCCGCUUCCAGAUUAUUAAUGGACAAGUUAGUUUUAGUAACCUUACUGAUGCUAUUAAGGAACGUCAUUACUUCAAAGAAUAUAUUUUUAAUUUGCUACUAAAUAAAUACAAUUUUAUACAAUAUGGCUCGAAUUUUAAUAAUGAAAUUCCAUAAUAGAAAGGUUUGCCAUAGACAAUAAAUAAAAAAUUAUCCAUUUUAAUAAAUUUACCGCAAUUUUAUUAGGCUUAUUCUAUUAUUGUUAUAUUGAAAAAUAAAAUUGUUUUAAAAUGUUCAAAUUACUAAGUUAGUUACCGUUGGUAUUUAGGACGAUGUAAUCAAACAGUAUUUUAAUUUAAAAUCGACUAGUCCUUUCAACGAAUGUUAGUGUUUGCAUUAAUUUUAAUGUAAAAGAUCUUCCUAUGAUUUCUUGAGGUAAAAAAAAUUAGCAUUUAGCAGCAAUUGUAUUAAAUUAUAACAAUUAUGUUUUAUUUAUUAAUAAAUAGUUGAAUAAUAUCACCCAUUUUCUUUAAACAAACAAUAAAAGUGCAUCCGUUGCAAAAAAACCCAUAAUAUAAUAAUUAUUUUAAGUCAUAGAUGAUCCAGUAAAUUUAGAAGUGCCUUUGUCUCAGGAAAAGAUAGAAGUUUAGGAUAUAUAAAUUUAUUAUAGCAAAGUCAAUGUGUCUCGAUAAUUUUUAUUAUUUUAAUAUUAAAACAGAUCGAACAGAUAAAACAGAAAUCUUUUAAAAUAAAUGAAAACAAAAAUUAAAUAAAAAACUAAAUCAUUAUUAAUUAUAAAGUUUUUCAGUCAUUUAGUUUUGAUGGGAUUUGGUUAAAACAUAGAUCUCUCUCUAUCUGUCAUCAUUCGAAAGAAGGAUUUAUAGGUAAAGCUGGAAACUUUAAAUUGUAACAUUUGCAACAACCUGCAACAACAACCUACUUUUCUAUUUUUGUGCUUUUACAUCAUGAAUUUCGACGGAUGCACUCUUAAUUGAACCUCAUUUGACGCUACUAACCAGAACAAAUGUCUUUAUAAAAGCUUCGAUUCAACAAAAGUUCAAUCUUUGAAAAUUUCGUAUUAUGGUAGCGCCAAAUAAGCAUAUAUCAUAUUUUUUUACAGAAAACAAUAAGCACACUGGUGACUAGAAAAUACAUUUAUAAUCAUACAUGUUGUUUCAUUAUAAUAAUAACAAAAUAUUUAAUUUC